AGCGAGUGGUAUACGUGCCCAACUCAAGAGCAUCGUAAUCGUGGAAUUUUCACCGAAUUUUACGAACUAAAUCUAGCGUGAUGUGGUCUACGAAUAAAUUGCAAUAGUCUGAAAUCCUGUUGCAGUGAGAAAUAAGUAGUGCGUGUGCGUUUGUGUGUCAGUUAAGAACACGGCAGUAGUCAUAGAAUUUAGCUUGGAACCCCACGAUCCACCUCUACAGGAACCGAAACCCACCUCGCCAAGCGAGACGUAAGAGAAAGAUUAUUCCGUAAUUCGGUAGCCCUGCAUGAGUGGCCCCUCGAAGAAAGCAACCAAUCCAGAAAUUUAAUGAUCCCACCCAAUCGCUGUGUCAACGAAAAAAUCGCAUAUCGCUUGAAAUUAAACAAUUCGUGCUAAUAAUCAGUCGUUUAGCAUUGAUCGUUGGUAGCACAAAAAGAGCGCCCUUGAGAAGGUGCACCACAGGACGGAGAGUACAGGGUGUGCAAACUCAACCACUGACAAGCAGAUCCCUUUCUAGAUGGCGAAAGGUGCAAAAAAGAAGAUCAAAUGGGUGUCCCUGUCGCUGGGCAACGCCAACACAAAGACCUCGGUUAUGACCGGUUCGGAUAAAGAUCACGGACCCCAUGAACAUCAGCAGCAUCAUGAAGGAGGGCAUCGUAAUAAAAUACACAGCGAUUCAAGUUUACCCAUUAAAAAUAGCAAACAAAUGGUCAUCGGAACUGUUUUGACGGAAGCACAUAACGAACAAGCUCAUGAUACGGAUCAUGCCGGCUGUCAAAACGACAAUGGCAAGGGUAGGGUUGGCAGUCUUUCAGAAUGUGGUCAGGAGCAACGUACAAAUGGCUCCGGGGCCUAUUACAAACGCCGACCAGCGCAAAACCACACCUAUGCGAAUGGCAGUGCAGGAGUGAGUAACAAAAGGAACCAUUACAAUCGAACUAGCAGCAAUACUGGAUAUUAUGCUUCGGGAAGAAGAUCUUAUUACGAUAAUCAUACUCGUCGUCAACAGGAUCUCGCUAACAGGAAUAGAACGAUUUCCGAUGGAGGUCGUAUGUUAGAGGGAAAAGAAAAUACUGUUAAUGAUGACGAGUACACACGAAUAACAACACCGAGACAGGAUGUAUUAUUCAAGAAAGGAUACUUGUCGCGUCCGAAACCUGCUGCCACUACCACAACGUGCACUUCGAACAUCAAUACUGCAACGAACUCGAUAGCUGGCACCACAAGUGAAGGCAGUGAUGGGGGAAAUGGUGGCAGCAACAGCAUUUCCACAACGGAAUCCAUUACAUCCGAGUAUGGCGGAUCCUACGCAGCAGAUGGUACCCCGUUGUUCGAUUAUUCCUUCCCAUACUUGCCAUAUGGCUAUUUCAUAGAAAAUGGUGUACUUGUGAUGAACGGUUUUGCUGUGGAUAACAACGGAUUUUCGUAUUUCAACGGCGGCCAGACGUACAUUUACCCUCCAAACUUUAACGACUGCCAACAACCAUCAGCAAUGGCCACUAUACCGGCAGAUCAGCAAACGAAUGACGAAACAAAUGCGAACGAAAUGAGCAAUAUCGACGCUCACCCAUCGAAUCUUUCGACAUCCGGUAUCGAUUCUCGGUCUUUAACGGAUAUGGGAAACGCUAUUGUUUCCUCUGAAUCGUUUAACGAUACUGUAGGCGCCAUUGGUGAUGGCCACUUGUACACAAACAGUCGUAUUUCUUCGAUGGAACAGUCUACGGCUGGAAUAGUUCCGAAUCAAGAGACUAACGUAGAUAAUAACUCAUUCAUCUCGCAAGAUGGACAACUACUCGCAGAGGCGCAAAUGGUUCCUAACGCUGAGAGUAAUCUUAACGACGGAGUUGUUUCCUCUUGCCCCCAGAAUGGACAGGAUUUUAUGGAGAAUGGGUUCUACCAGUACAACGAUUAUGAUUUAACUCAUUUUUCUAAUCCACUCUGUUAUCAAAAUUGGCUGAUGGAACAGUACCAGUGGUAUGACGAUGCCGGACUGUAUUGUGGGAGAGAAUAUGGAACAUCCAGUGAAGAUGUAAUUGGACAUCAAACGAGCUACAAGAAACGAAAAAAGCGAUGUCGUACAUUUGAAGAGUCUUCUGGAGAAACAAAAUCCUCUUUCGAUUCAAUUGAUAUUUUGAAUUCAGCAGGGCUCAACAAAAAUGCUGUCGUUAACAGUCUCACUGGUUUCGUAGCUGACAGCUCAGUUGCUGUUGAAAGCGCUUCGCAUCAAGUACACCAACUGAACGCUGAUGUAGAAGCUUUUCAACCUUCUCUUGACACUUGCUCCAAGCUUUCCAACGAUACCGUAACGGCUACUACUCCAGGGCUUUUCACGUCAGCAAAUGGUAUAAGCGAACUUACUACUUCGGAGAUUCAACAAAAGUUGAGAAAACCGAACGUAUUGAACGCUCCGAAGCAUUCAAAAUUAUGUUCCAAAUCGACACUAGCGCCUACUUCAACGAUUGCCAAUGAAUCAAAUGUUGCAUCAAAUUUGUCUGCAUCUCAAGCAACCGCGCGGUCAACAGUGCAUAAGACAAACCGCAAAAAAGAUUUGAUAGAAUCGACACUUGCCUUUGCAGCACAGAAUAUUGAUCUUACACGUCCGAUAACGAGUACAGCGGAUGCAAGAUCGCACGACAGCCAAAUAUUCUGGACAACAAUUGAACGUAAUGGCCGCAAGAAGCGAAUAUCGCAACAACAAUCGGAACAGGAAACAAGCUCAAUAAAUGAGAAACAGAAUGCUCAAUGCAAUGAAAAGCCGGAAAAUUCAGUUGGGGAAACCCCGCAAUCAGUGGUAUCGGUGGAUUCGAAGAAGGAAGAAUCGAUGGUGGAGUCACUGCAUGUUGCGGAUAUGAGUGUUUUAAGUUUAGAUACUAACGCUAAAAAAGAAACACAAUGCAAAAGCAAGAAAAAGAUACACAAGCAUAAAAGACAGCAGCUUCGAAAAUCGAUGGGGAAUUUCCACAAACAGCCUCUAGAAGGAUUUCAAUUGAUUGAGCCAGAAUUUCCUUCUUCGACGACUGGGCAUCGACGGGGAAGAAAUUGUGAUAACGUUGUAAAAACAGCACGGAUCGAUGGAAAUAAACCAGAGACACCAAUCACAGAUUUACGAGAAAAAGAAGAAGCCAAUUAUGAAAAAUCUUCAUCGGAUGUUGAGCAAGAUGGUUUAACUGAUGAUAAGCAGUGUACCUUUGUUGAUGAGGAGAAAAUAUCAAAAAAUCUAAUUUGUGAUAAUAUGAGUGCAAUUGCGCCUAUCAGAGUACCAGAAUCGCAAACGAACAAAGACUUCGAACAGGAAGAAGUUGUUGCUGAAUCUUCUGUGCCCUCAGAAAUCCUGUCUCCUUCGGCUGGGGAAUAUAUUAAUGAUAAUGAAAUUGAGACUGAAACUGAAGAGCCCCCCCAUUCGCGGGAAUCACUUUACGAAGGUGCACCAAUACAAAACGAAGUACAGGAAACCGCCAUAGUUAAUCGAGAGAUCAAGCUCGUUGAGGAUGAUUUGACCAAACCGAUAGACACUGAAACAAAUUCCCAGGCUGCAUUUCCAGUACAAGAGCAACUGUCGGUAGCUGCUUUGAAUUUCAGUGAGUUUUCGCGGGUUGAACCUCCCAUGAAAGAUAUGCCACUGUGUAAUAAGCCUGGUGAAUCCGAAUUGAAGAUGACUGAGAUGUCACAAACGACAGACAUUAAUAUGCCUGUGGAGGAACAUGUUCUUACCAGUGCUGCAAAACAACUUGUAAUAAAAACAGUAUCUUCAAAUUCCCAACUAGAUGACGAAGAAGAGGUGGAAGAGCAAACAGAAAGUGCUGAAGAUGGUAACGGAUCAGAUGGUGAUAACGCUCGCGUUAAACGAAGUAGUGUCUCUGGAAUGGGUUACACGGAAAGCAUCGACUCAGGGCUUCAAAGUCCAGCUCCAUGUGGAGGAGUUGCUUCGCCAGAGGUCUCUUCGAUGACAAGUUCCUUAGAUAGCCAGCCAAUGAUAGAUUCUCAAGAGUCAGAAACCAGAUCGUCGCCAUUAAGCGAGGUUGUGGGGAAAUGGCUUAUUCGGAAGCUAGAAGUGCAUGACCCAGAGGAGGUGUUUGUUCUGCCAAGUAACCCGUUACUCAUCCAACGUCUUCAACAGUUCCAUCAGCUACAACAACGUGUUUUUCGGGAUCGAAUUCGCGGAGUCAUUACAUUCGAUUCUGAAGUAGAGGAUGAAGAAUACGAUCUAGACGACGAGGACACUGAUAGCGAUUACAUGAGUGACGGGCAAGGACGACUCGAGCAUAAUUUAUUUCGAGUGGCAACUACUGACACUGCCAGUACUCAACAUGGAUCUCUUCCUAGCUCUACAGAUACCGGUGUUUGUCAAACUAAUGAUGCACAAGGAAGAGCAAGGUCGAUUGAUAAUCAAAAUGAUCUCGACCAAAACGAGCAUGAUCAUCAUCUCUCGACCGCGAAACGGAGUCACACAGUAAUUAGUGAUAACCUUAGAAAUAAUUCCGAAGGUAGUAUGCUUGAUGCAACCGUAACGUCCCCUAUCAAAUCGAAACGUUGUCUGAUCAUGUAGGGAAUCAUAAUGUAGUGUAACGUCUACGUCAUUUCGCUGCAUCUUCACGUAUACAUAGUUAUACAUCAUAAUGUAAGCAGCAAUUCCCAUAAACUCGCACACCGCCCCAUGCCUUUUUCCUAACGCUGCGAUAAUUCAUAAGAGGAUGGUAUAAUUGUCAUGAAUGUUCACGAUUGAGGCCAAUUGCAAAAAAGCUUGAAUGUCGAACUGCGUUAUUUAUUAACGAUUGGCGGAGGUAUGUCUUUCAAGAAACAAUGGAUGGACAACAAAUUUAUCUCCUGACUUUAUCGCUUAUUGGGACGUUCCUGAGCAAAGAUAAUUAUUAAUAAUAAAUUAACGUGCUAUGAUGGCAUCUACAUAAAUAACUGUAUCGCUCAUAGAUAACGUUGGAAACUAUUACAAAAAAAGGCAACUUAAAGAGAAAUUAAAUACAAAUACAACAAUACCAGAAGUGCUUCUUGUGUAAAAUUUUGUUGAUAGAAUAUGCCUUUGAAGGAUGAUUUUAAUCAUUGCUAUUAUACCGAGCAAUAUACGCUUUUCAUUUAGUUUUGGUCAUCUGCACUAGCUGUAGUUUUUCUUGUUUACUAGAAGAAGAAACCUCUGCCUACACUCAAUUGACGCAUUAAAUAAUGCACAUUGUUGAACGUAAUUCUUAAUAGAGAUAUAGUAACUAUAAUACUAUUAAUAAUUGCACUAUUGAAGAGGUGAACAAACACCGAACGGUGCAGAAAGAACUGCUAAUUCAAAUGGAAACUUGAGCAAAUGGCAAAAAAUGACAAAAAACGAUAAAUAAAUACAAAUGAA